AUGACCCAUCCAUCUUUUCACGACCAACUCGGCAGCUACUGGUUCUUCGCUCCUCUGAAUUGCCUGUUCUUGCAAAACCAUCUCCACCGUCAGCGGAUUGGCACUGCAACAGUUGCUGAGUCGACACUGAUCAAGCUCGCCAGCUCCCGAGCCCUUACCAAAUCUGAUCUAGGCUCACAGAGGCUGGCGCGUGCGCUACAGCACGGUGGUUAUCAGCCAGCACCUGUUGGUCCAAAGGCCGACUCAAGUUUCAACGCGGCGCAACGCAGCUCGACAUUUUCGGCAACAGUUAUCGUCCUGCAGACUACUGCAGAGCAUCGGCCAUUGUUGUCCUGGUUGGCCAGAGUAGGUCUCAUAUUUGACUUGGCUAUCUCUCAGCGAGUCACCAUAUCCAAUAUGAGCACUGUUACCUUGGACACUGCGUCGAGACAUGACUGCACGCAGUCUGCAGCUAUUUACAGAACGGUACUUCUGUUGGUAUCUUAA